GACCGGGGAGUCGGUGCCAGUUAUUUACCGUCCUGAAGUUGAAUCGCAUCCUGACGCAGAUCAGCUGAUGGAGGCUCUCUGCUCGGCGUGCAUCUGCAUCCUUCAUCCCCCUCUCCGCAGCUGAGUACUCCUCACAUGUCAGUCUGCUGCGCUCUUCUUCCCCGGGGGCUUCGUCUUCAUCCAAAGUCAUGUCCCCCCCGACGCUCAAAUGUUAGUAAAAAGGACACGCACGCGUUGACUUAUUUUUGGAAUAUUCAUUUUGCAUCCUAAACUGCGUUCCCGAGGGCAUCCUGCCGCUGGCAGGAUCAGAGUUCCCAGCGAUGUGGAUUACAGUCUGCAGCGUGUCUCUGCUCAUCACUGUGGUCUGCGGUGCGCAAAGCGCAAACGAACCCAGCAACAUGUCCUACGUGAAAGCCACCGUUGACAAGUUGCUGAAGGGCUAUGACAUCCGUCUGCGGCCUGACUUUGGAGGAGCUCCGGUGGAUGUGGGAAUGAGAAUAGACAUCUCCAGCAUUGACAUGGUGUCUGAAGUUAACAUGGAUUACACCAUCACCAUGUAUUUCCAGCAGUCCUGGAGAGAUAAGCGCCUCUCCUACACUGGCAUUCCCCUAAAUCUGACCCUUGAUAACCGUGUGGCAGACCAGCUCUGGGUUCCUGACACCUACUUCAUUAACGACAAGAAAUCUUUUGUUCAUGGGGUGACGGUCAAGAACAGGAUGAUCAGACUACACCCUGAUGGAACAGUGCUCUACGGCCUCAGGAUCACCACCACAGCCGCCUGCAUGAUGGACCUGCGCAGAUACCCACUGGAUGAGCAGAACUGCACCUUGGAGAUUGAGAGCUAUGGAUACACUACAGAUGACAUCGAGUUUUACUGGCAGGGUGGAAGCAAUGCUGGAUCAGUCACUGGUGUGGAGAACAUUGAGCUUCCUCAGUUCUCCAUAAUCGACUACCAAACUCUCUCUAAAAAAGCCGUGUUUGCCACAGGUUCGUAUCCACGUCUGUCACUGAGUUUUAAACUCAAAAGGAAUAUUGGCUAUUUCAUCCUGCAGACCUACAUGCCAUCCAUCCUGAUUACCAUCCUGUCCUGGGUCUCCUUCUGGAUCAACUAUGAUGCCUCCGCUGCAAGAGUGGCAUUAGGUAUAACGACUGUUCUGACCAUGACCACCAUCAACACCCAUCUGAGGGAGACACUGCCAAAGAUCCCCUACGUCAAAGCCAUUGAUAUUUACCUCAUGGGUUGCUUCGUGUUUGUUUUCCUGGCCUUGCUGGAGUAUGCAUUUGUUAACUAUAUUUUCUUCGGCCGUGGUCCUCACCUACAAAAGAAAGCAGCAGAAAAGGCUGCUAAGUCCAACAAUGAGAAUAAGGGCCGUUUGGAGAGCAAUAAAGUGCAGGUUGAUGCUCAUGGCAACAUCCUCCUGACGAAUCUCCCAACUGAAAUGGGGGGGGCAGACAUGAUGGGGGCCCUCAACGAUCCUCGGGCUACCAUGUUCUCCUACGACAGCGCCAGCAUACAAUACCGCAAGCCAAUGACAAGUCGCGACCUGUAUGGCCGACCGGCCCUAGACCGGCCAAUUGGACACAAGAAGAGCCGCCUGCGGAGGAGGGCCUCCCAACUCAAAGUCAAGAUCCCAGACCUCACGGACGUCAACGCCAUAGACAAGUGGUCUCGAGUCAUCUUCCCAAUCACAUUCACCUUCUUUAAUCUGGUCUACUGGCUCUAUUACGUCCACUAGGAUGGCAGUUGUGAGCAUGAGUAGUAGAAUUACUGCCCAUGGUUUGUUUUGUUUUUUUUUGUUUUUUUUUUGUUUAUUAUUUCCAAUGGAAGCUCAAUCCUGUACAAUGAUGCAAGUAGAAAAGCUAAGCCCAUUUGUAUAUAAUCCACUUUUUGGAACAAGUAGUUCUGGUCUUUACAGUGUAAAUACAAUUUAAUAUAUGAUAUAAGUCAAUA